AAAUUCCCUGCCCCCAUGCAGAUCAACUCGACGGUGCCGCUGUCAGGACUCCCCGUGACCAGCUCGGAUGACGUGAAGCCCCCUGGGAAUUCGGGGACCCCGCCCUGCGCCCCCCCCGCCCCCACGGCCGGCAAGAGACUGUGCGCCAUCUGCGGGGACAGAUCCUCGGGGAAGCACUACGGGGUGUCGAGCUGUGAGGGCUGCAAGGGCUUCUUCAAGCGGACGAUCCGCAAGGACCUGACCUACACGUGCCGCGACAACCGCGACUGCGUCGUCGACAAGCGGCAGAGGAACCGCUGCCAGUACUGCCGCUACCAGAAGUGCCUGGCCACCGGCAUGAAGAGGGAAGCGGUGCAGGAGGAGCGGCAGCGUGGGAAGGACAAGGAGGGGGAGGGGGAUUUCGGGGUCCCCCCUAACGAGGAGAUGCCGGUGGAGAAGCUGCUCGAGGCAGAACUGGCCGUGGAACCCAAAUCGGAUGAUGGCGCCGGGCCUGGAGGCACCUCGCCCAAUGACCCGGUGACCAACAUCUGCCAGGCGGCCGACAAGCAGCUCUUCACCCUCGUCGAGUGGGCCAAGAGGGUCCCCCACUUCUCGGGGCUCCCCUUGGACGACCAGGUCAUCCUCCUCCGGGCAGGCUGGAACGAGCUGCUGAUCGCGUCGUUCUCGCACCGCUCGAUCGCAGUGAAGGACGGGAUCCUCCUGGCCACGGGGCUCCACGUGCACAGGAACAGCGCCCACAGUGCCGGAGUCGGGGCCAUCUUUGACAGGGUCCUGACGGAGCUGGUGUCCAAAAUGCGGGAUAUGAGGAUGGACAAGACAGAAUUGGGGUGUCUGAGAGCCAUCAUCCUGUUCAACCCCGAUGCCAAGGGCCUCUCUAACCCGUCGGAGGUGGAACUGCUGCGGGAGAAAGUUUAUGCUUCCCUGGAAUCCUACUGCAAACAGAAGUACCCGGAGCAGCAGGGCCGGUUUGCCAAGCUCCUCCUGCGUCUCCCGGCCCUCAGGUCCAUCGGCCUCAAGUGUCUGGAGCAUCUUUUCUUCUUCAAACUCAUCGGGGACACCCCCAUCGACACGUUCCUCAUGGAGAUGCUCGAAGCCCCCCACCAGCUCUCCUGAGAACUCCCAAAAUCCCCUGAAAAAAACCCCAAAAAUCCCCCCCAAAACACCCCAUUUUUUUUAGCGACCCUCCUCAAAAAAUCCAGUUGUAAAAUAAACCUUUUCCAGGUUUUUUUCCCCCAUUUUCCAUAUUUUUCCCCCCAUUUUCCAGUGUUUUCCCUCAUUUUCCUGCUCAGAGGUAUUUUUUGGGGGGGAGGGCCCAAAUUUCAAACAUUUUCCCCCUUUUCCACAUUUUUCCCACAUUUUUUUUUGCUUUUUUUCCUCAUUUUCCAGCCUUUUUCCCCCUCAUUUUCCAGCUUUUUUCCCCAUUUUCCAGCUCCUUCCCUGAGUUUUUUAGGGGGGAAGGGCCCAGAUUUCCCCCCUUUUCCCCCCAUUUUUUCCUCCUUUUCCCCUUUGUCCCCCUUUUUUUCCUACUUUUCCGUGCCAUUUUUCCCUCUUUUCCAGCUCUCCCCCUGUCCUCCCUUUCCAGCUUUUCUCCAGGUGCUUUUUUUGGGGAGGGUGGGGGGUGGAAUAUUUUGGGAGUUUUUCCCCUUUCUCCCCCCCCAUUUUUCUCUUUUUUCUUUUGGAAGUUGUGGAAUUCCCUCCCCUGCCAAUUCCCCUCCCCUCCAGUUUUUGCCCCUCCCCCCCGCGGUUUUAACUCCCCCCUCCGAGCACUUUGACCCCCAAAUUG